AUGGGAGUGACGAAUGGGCUCGAGAGCAUACCAUUUAUAGGCAAUGCAGUGAGCUUAUUUGUUUACUUUUAUGGAUCGAUGAACUUCAGUCUGACAAAAUCAGCCACAAUGCUUACUAAUUACAUGGGCUCUACGUUUUUGCUAUCGCUGUUUGGAGGUUUCGUUUGUGAUACUUUCUUGUCCAGAUUUAAAAGUUGUGUCCUGUUCGGAUCUCUAGAAGUCUUGGGAUAUGCAGUUCUAGCAACACAGGCAUUUAGCAAACACUUGAGGCCUUUGCCCUGCAAGGAUGUUUCUCCGCUUCUGAUGAAUCAAUGUGAGAAAGCAGACAGUGGCCAAGUCGCGAUGCUAUACUUAGGUCUGUAUUUAGUCGCCUUAGGAGCAGGCGGGAUGAAAGCAGCAGUCCCCUCAAUGGGAGCUGAUCAAUACGAUGAGAAAGAUCCCGAAGAAGCAGAAAAGAUCCCUACUUACUUUAACUGGCUGUUCUUUUCCUUUGUUAGCGGAGCUAUUUUAGGUUGCACUUUCUUAGUAUGGCUUAACACAGAUCAAGGUUGGAAAUGGGGUUUCGGAGUGUCUACUGUGUCAGUACUAGCUGCAGUUUUGUUCUUAUGCAGUGGAGUUUCUUUUUAUAGGCAUAAUGACCCCAAAGGAAGCCCCCUCACUCGGAUAGCUCAGGUAUUUGUGGCUGCAUUUAGAAACCGUAACCUUCCCCAUCCAGAAACCGCAGAGGGAUUUCAUGAGAUAAGUGGUGAUAAAGAUGAAACAGAAACUGAGAUUCUCCAGAGAACAGACCAAUUCAUGUUCCUGGACCGAGCAGCAAUGAUUAGGACUACAAAUUCAUCGAAUGCAGGACCAUCCUUAGUGUGCACGGUGACACAAGUUGAGGAAACAAAAAUCAUUUUACGAAUGCUCCCAAUUGUAGUUAGCACAAUUUUCUUGAAUACAUGUUUGGCUCAACACCAAACUUUUGCUCUCCAACAAGCUAAUACCAUGGACAGGAAAGUCCUCGGUAUUCAAGUCCCUGCCUCUUCCAUUCCAGUCAUUCCGCUAUUCUUUAUGUUUCUAAUAAUGCCACUAUAUGACCGCAUUUGUGUUCCAGCACUCAAAAAAUUAACAGGAAUUCCCACUGGAAUCCGACAUCUGCAACGUAUUGGAGUAGGACUCGUUCUCUCAACUAUUGCAAUGGUAGUAGCUGGAUAUGUAGAGACAAGGCGCAAGCAUGUCGCUGUCAAGCAUAAUAUGGUGGACUCUCCAGGUCCGCUGCCAAUGAGCGUUUUAUGGUUAGGAAUCCAAUACGGUAUAUUUGGAAUGGCUGAUAUGUUCACAAUGGUUGGACUGCUAAACUUCUUCUACUCGGAGAGCUCAGCUGGAAUGAAGUCAUUAGGCACGUCCUUAACAUGGUCUUCGACGUCCAUUGGAUACUUCUUGAGCACGGUGAUCGUGAAUGUGGUGGAUGAUGUUAGUGGCGGGUGGCUUAGUAGCAACAACCUGAACCGGGAUAAACUGAAUCAUUUCUAUUACUUAUUAGCCGCAUUGAAUGUCUUGAAUUUCGGGUUCUACCUUCUCUGUUCGUCUUGGUAUCGCUACAAAGACGAGGGAGUAAAGGAGAAUGAGAGCGCAUAAAUCUUUCUAAGGCCACAUUCAAAUACAAAUAAUUUUCAUGUUUUUGUGUUCGUAGUCACCAUGAUCAUAUCAUGUGUUUUAUUAGCGCAUUGAGUGUUUUCAUCCAACCACCCACUACUUUCAUCCACUUUUACAAAUCUAUCAAUUAUAUAUUGAUGGGUCCCACCAUUUUACUCACUUUUCUUUCUGUUUCGUCUUACUUUAUAUUACUUUAUACACUUUUCUUAAUCUCCGUGUCCAAUCCAAACGUAUACAUAUCAAAGGGACGGAGGGAGUAGUAUUUGAUUACAGGCCUCUGCUCUUUUCACCAGAAGAGCUCGAUAAACCAUUCAAGUCAUUAUCAAUAGAAGAGUAGACUGCAUUUCAUUAACGACGUGACCUUUUAACUGAUCAGCUCAAGAUGAUCCUGUCAACUUGUAAAGUCAAUAUGGGUGUGCUAGCUUUUCCAUGUAUACAAGUGCAAAGGCCAAAGAGAGCUUUCAGUAACAGUAAGACUCCCCCCUUCACCUCUAUUCCAUUUUGGUGGACGACACAGAAUUUUCAAAAGUAAUUAUUUAGAGCUAUCUCCAAUAGGGGUUGCCAAAUCUUAUG